AUGACCAUCGCGGUUUUAGCGGCCCCUGUCACGAAAAUAAAGUGCCGCGAACCGCUGGGGACAAUUGGAAUGGCGGGCACACAAGCGCAAUCGCGUUCUGGCCGAGGACGCCCAGCAACACGACUGAGCGCAUCGCAAAAUGGGUUAGAAGAACUUGCGAACAACGACGGAAAACGGAAAGCGAAUUACGAGGAGGAUUCAGAAGGAUUUCGGUUUUCCCGAAAACCUACCAAGAGACCCAGAGCAUCCGUUGAACCGAUUUCAGAGAAUCCAAACUCAGAUGUGGAAAAUGCGCAUCCUAAGUCUACACCGAAAAGGGGCCGACCACCUAAGAAACGACCAGCAGAGGAUGUAAAUGGGGGAUCUAGUGCGGUACCAGCAAAGGGGAAAUCAACAGAACUUCCGACGAGAAAACCAAAGAGGACAGCUCAUACGGCAGACGUCGAGCUUGAAGCGGCGCAUCAAUUGAAUUCGACACGUCCAUCACGGAACCAUGAGUCUCCUGCGAAUGCGCAACAUGAUAAGAAGGGAAAGAGGGGACGACCGGCUCGUUCAAAACCAAUUGAAAAUAAUGGGUUCAGAUCCCCGGAGCUUCCAGCGGGUAAAACGGUGCCUCUGCCCACAUCGGACACACCAGUUAUUCAGCGGAACAAGGAAUUUCGAGGCGCGAAAUCAGCGAAGGGUCGGCGGCGGAGCAGUUUGGGGAUGCGGGGGCGAAGAGCCAGUUCUUUGAUUGACUCAGGGGCCUCUAAUGCAUUACCGCACCGUGAAGUUGGCACUGCUGAUUUCUAUAAGCACAUUGCUGACGAAGGUCUACCAGAGCCGCGACGAAUGCGCCAGCUUCUCAUAUGGUGUGCGACGCGUGCAUUAGGAGAAAAGCCUUCUGGCUCAAAGUACUCGCAGGAGGAUCAGAGUGCGCGUCUAGCAGCUCGAGUCAUCCAGGAUGAGCUACUGAAGGACUUUUCUUCAAACUCGGAUCUUUCAAACUGGUUCAGCAGGGAGGACCUCAACCCACCCACCGUGAUUGUGAAGAAGCCGAAUCCAAGGAAUGUGCAGAAUACAGACAAGAUCAAGGAAUUGGAGGAGCAAAUACACAAGCUUCAAAAAGAGAGACAAGCUCUGAACGCACUUCUUAAACAACCGCCAAUUCCACCCAUCAACCCUGCUGCUCCAGAAUUCCCCAAAUCCUCCAAACGAUACCCCAAAAACUCACCUCAACACAUCGACUCCUCCCUCCUCGACCCCUCUCAGCAAGCUAUCCUUGCAUCUCUACAACCCUUAUCUUCACGCACGGUCCAGUCCCAACCGUCAAAUGAUUCAACUUCCUCGUCACAACCCCUACCACCGAUUCCUCCCUCCGCCGUCUCCUCCCGCCUUUCCAAAAUAACAACUAGUCUUGCACCCACAAUGGAUUCAUUUGCCGCUGGAAUCCACGAUAUUGAGCUCUACCGUUCAAGCGCCGACGCAGUCUCAUCACGAAUACUUCGCGUCUGUGCCGAACGCCUGGAAGAGCGUGACGCGCUAAACACCCAGCGACGACUCGCAAUAGAAGGCGACGACGGAGAGCAGAGUCCACAAAAGGCACCAGUUGAAAGGCCGCGUGAGGAUCUAGGCAUUAUUCUUGGAGCGCUAAGUCGGGUGGAAAGACGAUGA